CACUAACACCUCAUCCCAUAAGGUGCACUGAGCUCCAGGGUAUUCACUUGUAGAGCAGCUCACAGACCAAGCAGGGAGGAUGAACAGUGUGACCUACAAAAUGAAUGGGAAUCACAAUCAUGAGUCAAAUUACAUUGAAGAAAGCACUAAAGACAACAGAAUUUCUUUGAUCUUUUCACUGAAAGAAGAAGUUGGGGCUUUGGCCAGAGUAUUACGCAUAUUUGAGGAAAAGGGGGUUAGUUUGACCCACAUAGAGUCCAGGCCUUCCCGUCUCAUUAAAGAUGAGUACCAGUUCUUCAUAAAUUUGGAUAACAAAAGUAUUCCUGAUUUGGAUGAUAUUGUUCACUCUUUGAGACAUGACAUUGGGGCAACAGUGCAUGAACUUUCUCGUGAUAAAAAAAAGGAUGCUGGUUCCAGCUCUGCGUUUUUGCUUCAUGCAUCCCCAGCAUCCAUGCUACAUCCGAACAAUGUGAUCCCAAUCCCAUGGUUUCCAAGGACCAUUCAGGAUUUGGAUAAGUUUGCCAAUCAGAUAUUAAGCUAUGGAGCUGAGCUAGAUUCUGAUCAUCCUGGAUUCACUGAUCCUGCAUACCGUGCUCGCCGCAAAGUGUUUGCUGAUAUUGCAUUCAAUUACAAACAUGGACAACCAAUCCCUCAAGUGACUUACACAGAAGAGGAAAGGAAAACAUGGGGUACAGUUUUUAAAGAGCUGAAGACUCUGUAUCCAACCCAUGCAUGCUAUGAACAUAACCACGUGUUUCCUCUAUUGGAAGAGUAUUGUGGAUAUAAUGAAAACAAUAUUCCACAGCUUGAAGAUGUUUCCAAUUUUCUGCAAAAAUGCACUGGCUUCAGAUUGCGGCCUGUUGCUGGCUUGCUGUCUUCAAGAGACUUUUUGGCAGGAUUGGCAUUCCGCGUUUUCCAUUCUACUCAGUAUAUUCGUCAUGGCUCCAAGCCAAUGUACACACCUGAACCUGAUGUUUGCCAUGAACUGCUAGGACAUGCCCCUCUCUUUGCUGAUCCAAGAUUUGCUCAGUUUUCACAAGAAAUUGGAUUGGCAUCUCUCGGCGCCCCUGAUCAGUACAUUGAAAUGCUUGCUACGGUAUACUGGUUCACUGCAGAAUUUGGAAUUUGCAGACAGAAGGAUAAAUUAAAGGCAUAUGGAGCAGGUCUUCUGUCAUCAUUUGGGGAACUAAAGUAUUGUUUGACGGAUAAACCUGAGUUUAAACCAUUUGAGCCUGAAAAGACAGCAUUGCAAAAAUAUCCUAUUACAGAAUUCCAGCCUGUAUAUUUUAUUGCUGACAGUUUUGAAGAUGCAAAGGAGAAAGUAAGGAAAUUUGCAGCUACAAUUCCUCGGCCUUUCUCAGUUCGCUACAACCCAUACACGCAAAGUAUUGAGGUUCUGGACAAUGUGCAACAGCUUAAGAACCUUGCUGACAACAUUAGUGGUGAAAUUGGCAUUCUCUGCUGUGCUCUUAGGAAGCUGGAAUGAGUGAAGCCUACUUGAUAUUACAAUAUUGUUGAUGAAGAUAAACAACUAUAUAAAAUCUGUUUUACAGAAAUAAUUUGUUUUAAUAUAUACUUUUGUAUAAUUAAUGCUAUUCCACUGUAUAGAACUAAAUGAUACUAUAAUUAAAACUAAGAUAUGAUUAUUAUUUUAAAAUAUGUUUGUAAAACUAAAUUUCUUUGGGUAAAAAGGAGAAUGAGCAAUGCCGUAUUCACUUUUUCUGAUUAUAUUAAUUCAGGGGAUUAUAAUGGCCAGUGGACCAUAUAAGAACACUCUUAUAUUAAAAAAAAUGGUCAUAAUACAGUUUAUGCAAAAUUGUCAAUUAAUCUGCAUGACAUAUUAGUAGUUAAUCCAAUACAUGCAGACAAGUUAUAACGUUACAUGUGAUACCCGCUGUUCAAUGCACAGUAGAUCCGAUGCACAAUAAUUAUGCACCAGGUAUACUUUCAUUAAUCAGUUUGAUAGAACAGAUGAUUGUGAAGCUCGGUGUGAGUUUAGACAUAACAGACAAAUAUAUUAUAGUGCAGCCAAUUCUCAUGGCUAAUAGAAUGUAACACAAUGGAGGAUUGGCUGAAAAGUUUCAUCACAUGACGUGUCAGACUAGUACUCCAUCUGAUUGCAGUGCUCCUUAGACUAGCACUUCCCUCUGUUUGCAGGUGCUCUUCAGACUAGUACUUCCCUCUGACUGGAGGUGGUCCUCAGACUAGUACUUCCCUCUGAAUGCAGUGAUCCUCAGACUAGUACUUCCCUCUGAUUGCAGUGCUCCUCAGGCUAGUAGUUCCCUCUAAAUGCAGUGCUCCUCAGACUAGUACUUCCCUCUGAUUGCAGUGCUCCUCAGACUAGUAGUUCCCUCUAAAUGCAGUGCUCCUCAGACUAGUACUUCCCUCUGAAUACAGUGCUCCUCAGACUAGUACUUCCCUCUGAAUGCAGUGAUCCUCAGACUAGUACUUCCCUCUGAAUGCAGUGCUCCUCAGACUAGUACUUCCCUCUGAUUGCAGGUGCUCCUAGACCAUUGCAUAUAUUUUUCUGAAAGACAGAUCUGUGGUUUGUGCAUUGCAAUUACAUAUACUUUUUUUAUUUUACAAAUUUAAAAACUAGUUCAUAUAAUAUUGCCGCAUUUUUAAUUACAGCAAACAUAAGUCCUAAGUUAAUAUCUAAAGGGUUACACCCACACAUAGUUUUUUUGUACAAUACAAAUACUGUGCAAUAAUUAACAAUUUAUAAACAUUUAUAUUAUAGUGAAUGGCUCAGUAAAUACAUUACAUUUAAAUAUGUGAGAAGUUUUAAAGUUGUAUUGUUUAAGUUAAUUGAUAAGAUCUGUUGUUUUCUCUUUCUCUGCACUAUGUAUAACCAUAUCUAUGUUUAUAUAACUGUGCUUAAGUGAAUAGCUUGCCUUUUAUCAGCUAUAUCUGGAAAACAAAAACAUUGCAAUAUGUAACUUAUGUAAACAAUUAUAUGCAUAUUCUAAUAAUACUUUCAUUUUUAUAUCAACCACACACUCUUAAAUACACUUGUAUUUACAUAUAAUUAACCAUUUAAUGAAUUAUACUUAAUUUCUUUCAAUGUAUAUAUACUGAAAUAUUGUUAUAUAAUAAAAUGUAUACAUAUA